UCGCGUACGUGCGAUCCAGCGCAACGAUGAAAGCCAGACAUGCGAGAGAAAAAACACAUUUUUGUACCAUUCAUUUUUAAACAAUCCAGAACUCCUGCGGCGGUCUAGAUCGGGUCGGACCUCCUGAUCCAGUUACCGACACAUCCAGUAAAUGUUACUGUACGUGCUGUGCUAUAGAGAGAUUGAUGCGAAGCAUGUGACUUCAUUUAUUUCCUCGUAUUCAAAGAGAGGGUAAUACAUGUAAAUAUCGCCAUGAGGUUAUUUGUAUUUCUGUCGAAAAACGCCAACCCGAAGGUGGAGUAUUACUCUAGAUUUUCACCAUCGCCGCUUUCUAUUAAACAGUUUUUGGAUUUCGGGCGGGACAAUGCGUGUGAGAAGACGUCCUACAUGUUUCUGCGGAAGGAGCUGCCGGUUCGACUGGCCAACACCAUGCGGGAGGUCAACCUGCUGCCUGACAACCUGCUCAGCCAGCCCUCCACCAGGCUGGUGCAGAAAUGGUACAUGCAGAGCUUUGUGGAGCUGCUGGAGUAUGAGAACAGAGGUCCAGAGGACCCCCACGCCUUGAAUGACUUCCUGGAUGCCCUGAUCGAGAUCCGGAACCGGCACAAUGACGUGGUGCCCACCAUGGCCCAGGGCGUGAUCGAGUACAAGGAGAAGUUCGGGUUCGACCCCUUUGUCAGCAGCAACAUCCAGUACUUCCUGGACCGCUUCUACACCAAUCGCAUCUCCUUCCGCAUGCUCAUCAACCAGCACACUCUACUGUUCGGCAAUGACACAAACCCCGCCCACCCCAAACACAUCGGCAGCAUCGACCCCAACUGCAACGUGUCGGAGGUGGUUACAGACGCCUACGAGACGGCCAAGAUGCUGUGUGAGCAGUACUACAUGGUGGCCCCUGAGCUGAAGAUCGCAGAAUUUAAUGCGAAGGCCCCGGGGAAGCCCAUCCAGGUGGUGUACGUGCCCUCUCACCUGCUGCACAUGCUGUUUGAGCUCUUUAAGAACUCCAUGCGGGCUACAGUGGAGCUGUAUGAGAGCAGGUCAGAGGAGCUCCCUCCAGUGACGGUGCUGGUGACCCUGGGAAAGGAGGACCUCUCUAUUAAAAUCAGUGACAGAGGUGGAGGUGUCCCCCUCAGGAAGAUCGACCGGCUCUUUAACUACAUGUACUCCACAGCACCCACCCCGAGUCUGGGGCCCAAGCGAGCCGUACCACUGGCUGGGUUUGGAUAUGGCCUGCCCAUCUCCAGGCUGUACGCACGCUACUUCCAGGGGGACCUGAAGCUGUACUCCAUGGAGGGGGUGGGGACAGACGCUGUCAUCUAUCUGAAGGCUCUUUCCAGCGAGUCCUUUGAGCGCCUGCCCGUCUUCAACAAGUCGGCAUGGCGACACUACCAGACCAGUGCCGAGGCGGAUGACUGGAGCAACCCCAGCAGUGAACCACGGGACACCUCCAAGUACAAGGCCAACCCCUAGCCCCGCCCACUCCCCUGUCCGUCCGGGCACCACGGCAACCGCGCCCAGCAUCUUUUGAUCAUCGACAUCUCCCUGACUGAAUGAAAACUGACUGGGGGCUGUAUACUGGAGUCGUUGAGUCUUUGUAACAGACUGACUCCACCCCUUCUCCACUCUCCAGCCAAUCAGCAUGAGACUUCAGAUCUCUGAUCUCUGACCCAGUGCGCUGUGGUAUAUCCCCCUGAUGACAGUGCCUCAGUUUCCCUCAUCUCAUUUAGAAAGCAUGUGUUCAGCAUACUGUGUCAGGUCUUUCAGGCUGAGGGGGCGUGGUCUCUGUGCUUCUCAGUCUGUGAUUGGCCAUUGUGU